CUGGUCCUUAAGGCUCUCGUUCUCUCAGGAUUUUCCGUGCUGGACCCGAUCUACAGCGCGCCAAGUCCCCUGUCAGAGGCGUUCCCAGGGCGCCCGACUCCUGAGUUUCCAUUUCUUAGGCAAAAAGGCAGUGGAGCUAAAGGAAGGCUCUUUGGAAGGCUGGCACCAGCCCGUGCUGUUUUCUCGCUUCCCUUCGCCCUCCUGCGGGCAGCCUCUCUCUCGUGGGGGAGUCCCCUAGGACUGGGGCCAGCGCCAAUCAGGUCGCUUGGUACCUGCCCCCAGCCCCGGCCACCUGGAGGGGCGAUGAGGUUCUCAGCCCCGCGCAGGGCUAGUACUUGGAGCGUCUGGGCGGGCAGAGGAGCCUCACGUGGGCCUCCCCAGCCGCCGGCUCCCGGAAGGACGCGCGCAGACCGGGUGGGAGCCGAACGCGGGAGCCACCGCCGUCGCGGAGCUGCCCAGCAGCGGUAACGGGUUGGGACGCGCCUCCGCACCCCCAAAGGGAGGAGAAGAAAAGAGGGGUUGGGACCGGGGCAGGCCGCGGACCCCGCGGGCCCCUGGGCGCCGCUCGUGGAUGUGCCUGGCCACGCGCACUUUCGAGGGAGCUUCUACACCCAGGCACGGACGCCCUUGGCCAUGACGCAGCCCCAUGACGGCCUGUGUGACUGAACCAUUGCUGCCUCGGCUGUUUCACUUAAGUGUCACCAUCCCCUGUACUGAACAGUUGGAUGGGGCGUCGGGCGGAUGACAGCGGGAACAGUAGUGAUCACUGGCGGAAUCCUAGCUACGGUCAUCCUUCUCUGCAUCAUCGCUGUCCUGUGCUACUGUCGGCUCCAGUAUUACUGCUGCAAGAAGAGAGGAGCUGAGGAUGCAGAUGACGAGGAGGAGGAGCACGACCUGCCCACACCCUCCAGGGGCCCCCCCUGCAAUGCCUGCAGCUCCCAAGCCCUGGAUGGCAGAGGCGGCCUGGCGCCUGUCACCGGCGAGCCCUGUGGCCAGCCGUGUGGAGCGGCAGCCCGCCACUGUACCACCUGCUCCCCAUAUAGCUCCCCCUUUUACAUACGGACGGCUGACAUGGUGCCCAAUGGGGGCGGAGGCGAGAGGCUGUCCUUCGCUCCCACGUACUACAAGGAGGGGGGACCCCCGUCCCUCCAGUUGGCAGCACCCCAGAGUUACCCGGUGACAUGGCCUGGCCCUGGGCGUGAGGCCUUUACCAAUCCAAGGGCUAUUAGUACAGACGUGUAACCAACCCCUCUUGCCCCCGAACCCCACACACACCAACGCGGCUGCCCCAGCAGGAGCAGUGGAGCCAGCCGUGCCCCCUCCAGCAUCCCACAGGGACUGUCUCCAUUUCUUUGGCUUUUCUUGCCUCACAGUGGAAGGUUCACCAGGAUUCAAGCUAUUGGAUGUGCUGAGAACCAGGGCAGGGCCUGGUCCCCUGGCCCGGAGAGGGGGCCUGACAGGUUGAGUUGGUAGCUUUGCCCGUUUUUCUGUUGGGACAUUCCUCUGUCCAGCUCCCGCGCUCCAGGUCCCUCUCAUUUUCCUCACUCCCCCAGCUUUGUGGAUUUUGAGAAGAAGGAAAGUUAUGCAAAGGUCUGGAGGCCUCCAGAAACCUUGGGAGAUGAAAGAAGAAAGGGGGACAUGGGGCAGGGUGAGAGGGGAGCGCUGCAGAAUUCGAGAAGGGAGAGGAGGCUGUGAAAGAGACUGCUGCAGGACUUGCUGGCUGAAAAGAAUCCAAGAGCUAGCUUGCAGUGUAGUUUUGUGUUUCGGUUGUCAUAGAGACGGCAGGCCCCAUAGCUGCUCCAAUGUCGAGCUGAUUCCUGAAGACAUCACAGGUGUAUCUGCCCCUUCCCCGUAGAACACAUUGAGUUGGCUUUAAUGGCGGAAGGUUAUUUGUGGGGAAUGCAUCGAAAAGGGGCUGUGUGACCUUGUCUCCCCUUAAAUCCUCUUUCCCUGCCUCAGAACGAGCUGCCUGGCUGAGAGCCUUUUUCAGGUUUUGUUAGGAGAGUUCGAGUUGCUUAGCAAGCGAGGUCCUGCUGGUGGUCUCUGGGGCUGUGGCCCGCCGUGCUGAGUGGUGUGCGUGGAUGCAGCCCUGCGAGAGCGUGUGCGUUCUCAUGCGUGUGCGCACGCGAGGGGUUUGGCCACCUGCGGGACCCGCCGAGUGGAAGGGUCUCUGAUGUCGCACCUCGAAAGAAAAGUCUGACCCCCAGACGGCAUGAGGGAAAACUGAUUCAGUGGCCAACCCCUGUACAGGAAGAGCCUGAAGAGUCUCCCGUGGGAUGAUGCUGUCCCACCGGCCCCUCUAGGGCGUACCGCUCGGGCACCCAGCUGUGACGCUGUAGGCCGGACCACUCACUCACCGGGCACAGCGGCCCAGGCUCCUGAGGUCCGGAAGGUCUGACUUAGCAGUCGGAUCCCUCUUGCCGCCCUCCGUCCAGGCCACGCGCCACUCCCAGUCUCGGGGAGGGCCGAUUUACUGCUGUCUCACUCUAGCCCCAAGUCCGCGCCCACCUCGCACUCAUGUCAGCCGUGGCCUUACGCUGUUCGAGUGAAUGCAUCCGAUGAGUUUUCCAGCUGCCUCUGUAGCAAGGGGUGGCCGCCCCCCUUCGAAGCCUGCCUCCCUACCUGACUGCACUCUCUCUGCACCCACGGAUGCCCCUGGGGGGGUGGCAGGGAAGGAGCUGGCGCCUCUGCUGAAGGAUCACUGUUCAGGCUCCUGUCACCCUGCAUCUCAAUCUGUUUAUUAAGGCACACCAGGAUCAGAGGAUCUGGGGUCCGGUCACACUUUGGUCACUCACUAGCUCUAGGGAUCAGCCACUUAUCUUCUCUGAGACCCCAUUUUCUCCAGGGAAAUGAGACUUGCCCAGAUGGACUUGAAGGGCCCUGCAGUGCUCCACGAAGCCAGGGCUGCCUGUGAAGAUCUGCCAGCCAGGCCACGCAGUCCUGGCGGGGCUGGGUACACUUGCCAGCUGUCUGAUCCUGUGUGCAGGGAUGCAUGCUAAGGAACAAAGACCACAGUAAAACAGGACUAGCAGGCAGAGCAGUGGUGAUUGUGAAAAGCACGUGUUUGCCUGACUCUCCUACUGAGUGGCCUCAAAUGGUAACAUUGGUCUUCACACAGGAGGCAGCUCUAGGUGUCAUGAAAUCCGUCUCCGAGUGCAGAGGGGCCAGCUGAGGACGGCGGCUUUAACAUACCCCAUCCCACUGCCAGCCAUUGCUGGGCCAAGCACACCCCCUUGAUGCGAGCUGCUGGGCCUGGCCGCUCUCACCGCUUCCUGACGGCCAGCCCCAGUGCCUUGCUGCUCUGGAAUUCCAUAGCCAAUCAACCCCAGCAGGGGCUGUCCCUCCUUCAUCAAACAACAACAGGGUCCUUGUACCUCCCGCAUUUGCAGAAAUCAAGACAACCUAAUCACCUGUCACCUGCUCCUUACGCCUGAUUUGUUGGGGUCCCCAAGUGGAAAGCAUCUUGUGGGGUCCUGUCCCCUCCUAUAGCUUUCCCAGCCUAAGUCCUGUCAACCCACAGAUGACAAUCUAGGUGUGGGGCACUGGAGAAAUGGUGGGCCACUGCUCCCCCACACACAGCUGCAUGCCGCUCAGAGCACAGGCUCAAAGUUGCCCGCCCACCUGCCCGUAGGUGCGAGGGCCUGACCUGUGGAAGAGGAAGCUCCCCCAUUCAGCUGCACGGCAUUUUUUAGCUAUGGGACACUACCUGGACACCCUCCAAACUGCACCCUAAACAGGAAGAGGGGAGUCCGGGAACCCUGUCUUCUCCGCCAUUUUGUCUUCACCUCCACUCAUGCUCCUGCUGCAGAUUUCUUGUCCUGCAUCUUUGGUAACUUGGAGUCACAACCAAGCGAAUGUCAAAAUAAAUGAGGAGUUUGAAAUAGAAA